AUUCUUAAUACAGUUUUUUUGCUGAUUGGACGUGUUUUGGUUCCAACAGCUUUGAAAAAAAGGCAAAAAAUCAAUAACAAAUUGAGUUUCCAAUAAACCAAUAGAAAAGUGGAAAGUGUUUUUGUGUGCUGGCCGAAGCAGUAAAGUUAACCUUGUGCCCAUGUAAGAGCAUUCGAGAUUCAUCAGAUUUUUCAUCAAUACCAUCCCCCUUCCUUCGUCAUAACGAAGUGAAAAUUUACCAUACAUCUUAUUGCCCAGCUGCUAAAAAACGACGCCAAAGUUAAGAACGGCGUGGCACCACCACCAUGUUGGAAUCGGUGGUAGCUCACUACCUCAACAAGUAUCUCUUCAACUAUGUGGAGAAUCUUGAUGGCAAUCAGCUCAAGAUUAGUGUUUGGGGCGGUGAUAUUGUUCUAAACAAUUUGAAAAUACGAGAAAAUGCCUUAGAUGAUUUAGAUCUACCAGUUCAGUUAGUUUAUGGACAUUUGGGUAAAUUUGUGCUGAAGAUACCAUGGAAAUCGAUUUACAGUCAACCUGUGGUUGCACAAAUCGAAGAUCUAUUCCUGCUGGUUGCCCCCAAACAAAGUGUUCCCUACGACGAUGAGAAGGAAGUCAAAACUCAGCUACAAUCGAAGCAAACAGCUUUGAAGGCGCUUGAUGAGGCCCAUCAGCAAGAAUUGGAAAAAGAUAAUAAAGCCGAUCCCGGCUAUGUGGAGAAGUUGGUUGCUCGCGUUAUUAACAAUAUUCAAGUGAAAAUAGCCAACGUCCAUAUACGCUAUGAAGACAAUACAAAAAUCGAUAGACCUUAUGCCUUUGGCAUAACGCUACACGAUUUCGAAAUAUUCACCACCGAUGAGAAUUGGAAGAAGUGUUUUGUGGAUGGUGUCAUACGACAUGUUUUCAAAUUGGCCAGUCUGGAUUGUCUGUCAGUGUAUAUGAAUUGCAAUGCGGAUACAUAUAGCACAAGGCCAGGCCAUGAAAUUGUGGAACUCUUUAGGAGUCACAUAGCCAAUAAAACUAAUGUUCCAAAAGGGUAUUCAUUUGUAUUGGGACCCAUAUCUUCUGUAGCCAAAUUGUUGUUAAAUUCCGAUCCUAACCGUGAUACUCCUCCCUUCUCUAUACCAAAGACCGAUUUGAACUUGGAAAUGGAAAAACUGAAUGUAGGUCUUACCUCAACACAGUUUCAAAUAAUCAUGGGCCUUCUGGACGAUAUGAACCACUUUUCAUUGGCCAUACCCUAUCGCAAAUAUAGGCCCUACAAUACACCCUACAAAGGCAAUGCCAAGAUAUGGUGGCAUUUUGCCAUAACCUCUGUUUUGGAAGAGCAGAUCAAGAAAAAGAAUCGUUCGUACACCUGGGAACAUAUAAAAGAGCAUCGUCAACUCUGUCGCACCUAUGCGGAAUCCCAUAAAGAGCGUUGCUUGUCCAAAAAACCCUCGGCCACCCUGGAGGAGACUUGUGCCUUGGCUGAACAAAAAUUGGAUCUGUUUAAUUUGAUGUUGAUACGCAAAAGAAUUCAGCUGGAAGUGGAUCGCGUUAGACAGAGUGAGGAAACCAAAAAGGAGAAUACCAAAAAGGCUGGUUGGUUUGGCGGCUGGUUUGGUGGCGGCGGCAAAAAGGAUGACAACGAUGAUCAAGUGGAUUUGGUCUCAAGCAUCCAGGCUGCUAUGACGCCCGAGGAGAAGAAAAAACUGCACAAAGCCAUAGGCUAUGAAGAUAACAUGGCUCCUCUGCAACUGCCCGAACAUUAUGAGGCGGUUCAUAUGAAAUUUACCUUGAGCUCUUUUGAGAUAGGACUCUAUGAUGAUUCCGUGGGACCAGGUGCCAUGGACUAUCACUCAUAUCAGACAAUAAUGUUGUUAAAACUAAAUACCACCACAUGUGUGGUUAAGCAACGACCAGGUGCCAAUGCCUUAAGCGUUUGUGUUGGCAUGAACGAACUGAUUUUGACUGGCUUCGAGAAGGACAAUAUGGCUCCCACCAUUAUCAAAUCGAAAAUCUCCCACGAAAGCAAUCUUUUGGAUAUAUUCUUUGAGACCAAUCCUCUUGACAAAGAAUGCGAUCAACGUGUUAAGGUCACCGCCCGCCCUCUGCAAAUUGUCUAUGAUGCGGAGACAAUUUUAAAACUGAUGAAGGUCUUUGUGCCCAAACAGUCAGUGAAUCUCUCCGAGUUGGAAGGUGCAGCCACUCUUAAGAUCUCUAACUUCAAAGAGCGUUCUGCCACAGGCAUGCAGUACAUGAUUGAAAGCCAUGCCAUAGUCCAAUUGGAUAUAAGAUUGAUGCCCAAUAUUUUGAUCUUGCCUCAAGGAGGCAAAUAUGAACCAGGCAAGCAAUCUUUGGUCGUGGUGGGCCUUGGCGAAUUGCGAGUCUCCUCGGCUCCGCGCAAAGACAAUUCGAAGGAUAUAACCACCUUGUAUCACAGCGGCAAGGAACAAAAUGAAAUCUUGCAGGCGGUAUUGGACAAGGCCUAUGAUCGUUACAAAGUCUCCAUAGAGAAUAUUCAAGUAAUGGUGGUGAAGCCUCAAGAGAAUUGGGAGCUUGUUAUGAAUAAAAUGUUGGAAUCCGAUAUGCAUUUGCUACGUCCCACCUCUGUGCUGGUAGAGUGCGAUAUCUGUGUGGUGGAUGAUGAUCCGCGCUUGCCCAAAACCAAGGUGGGCAUUCUAUUGCCUUCGAUCAAAUUAAAUCUGUCCGAAGAUCGUGUGUUCGAGGCCUUGACAGUGGGCCUGAGUAUACCUUUGCCGGAAAGCGAAAAACCUGUUGAACCACCAAAAACCAACCUUGUAAAGGCCCUGAGUAGCACCUCAAUAAUGCGCUCCAUACCUCAAUUCCUCAAUCAAGAUGUAAGACGCAAAGCUUUGGCCAACGCCUCCUCCUUAACAACUGAGGUGGUGCAGUACACUAGUCUGGAGCUUAGUUUUGCCCUUAAAGAGUUUAGUGUAACUUUGAUAAGAACUUCAGCCAUUGAUAUUCAAUCGCCCUUGAGUGACGGCUCCUCCUUGGAGUUCAACACUCCCUCACCACAAUCGCAGGACUCCGAGGCUGAUGUAGAAUUUUUGGAUACCCAAAGCACAGCAAGUGUCCCUGUGCCAGAUUCGCAUAAGCUGUUGGCUUUCCAAGUUUUGCAAUUGGAAGUAAAUGUGGUUCAAAGGACCUUCGAGUUGGUGGCACAAGCAAAACUUGGCGCCAUUGGGUUAAUGUCCUAUGAGCAGAAUCAAGCCAAACAGGACGAAGAGUUGGUGGUCAUAGAAACGCCUGGCUUUACCCAGGAUGGCAAGUCUUUGUUAAAUGUCUCCUUUACCUCGGUGGACAAGAGCACCCCAGACUUUAUAACCAAAUACAAAUCCAUUGAACAAUUGGCGAAGAUAAAUUUUGCCACCUUGAAUGUGAUAUUGCAUCAGGAGAAUCUCUUGCACAUCAUGGAAAUAGCCGAUCAACUGCAACGCAAAGUCGAUAAGAUCAUGAGUGCGGUGGCGAAACCAGCACCGAAAAUUGAUACGGAGCCCAAGGAUCGCAUGGGUUCUGCGGCCGCUGAUGAGGGUAUGAUAUUCCGUCUCACCCGUAUUGCCGAGGAAAAUGAAUUUUCUAAUUUGACGGGCACCACUCCGUCGCCCACGCAGACAGUGGCUCGCAAAUCCCGCCGCAGUACAAAGCAAAACGUGGUGGAGAGCAUAAAAAUGAAAAUAGAAGCCAAUUUGGAGCAAGUGGGUCUAGAGUUAUCCUGCAAGAAACGUUCUUUGGCAAGUUUGAAGGUUAACCAUUUGUAUGCUGGUGUGGUGCUGAAAACUUCAUAUACCGAAAUUCAAUUGGGCCUCAAGGACAUACUGAUACGCGAUUUGAAUCCCGCAAACAUACACUCCAACAUUUUGUCCAUUGUGGGCAAAGACGCUUUGAGAUGUGAUGUGGUGACCUACAAUCUGGAUGAGACCAGCAAUUACAAUUCGGAUGACAUGAAAAUCAGUGUGGAAAUUGGCUGCAUGAAGAUAGUGUUUGUGAAUUGGUUUGUGACUUCUGUGCUUAGCUUCAUGAAUAACUUCCAGGCCGCCCAGCAGGCAAUUGCCAAUGCUAGUGCAGCUGCCGCGGAUGCUGCCAAACAAAAUGCGGUGGCUGCUUAUGAGAAGGCUACACGCAUGAAACUCAAUGUUAAGGUCAAGGCUCCGGUCAUCAUUGUUCCCAUAGACUCGAAAAGUUUGGAGGCUAUUGUCCUCGAUUUGGGUCAAUUGAUUUUGAGCAAUGUCAUCACUGACAUACAAACUCCCGACAACGAAAAGGGCCCCGCCGUCAUGGAUGAAAUCAAGUUGGUCCUUAAGGAUAUGCGUCUGGUGCGUGUGAACAUAUUGGAAGAGACCCAGCAGUAUCAAAGCCAUUCCUCCGAUUUGAAUGCCCCCUUAGAUGUAGUGGAUUCGAAUUUCGGUUUCAAGUCCAAACUGAAUAUCUUGGAUCCAACCAGCUUUACGUUGGUUGUGAAACGCAACUUGUCAUUUUCUUGGUACAAAAAUCAACCGGAAAUUGAUAUUUCAGGCCGCCUAAGAUGCAUAGAACUGAAUUUGUUCAAGGAUGACUAUGGCCUUAUCAUGUCCAUAUUGAAUCGCAACAUGAGCGAAGGAGCCAAUGAGUUCCCCAGUGUAGCGGCACCGGCCGCCGCAACAACCGCCGCUGCCGUACCACCAAAAAGCCCCACCAACUCCCAGUCUUUACCCAAAUCCCCACUCGAAAGUCCUGCCAAAAAGGCUGUGGACCAGCUAAAGGAUAAAAUGCUUAAAAAGAAAGUGGAGCAGGAGCGAAUCAGUGAACAAUUCAAAUUCAAUUUCCAAUUGGAUGGUGUGGUUAUCAACCUAAUGGCAGAUGUCAACGAGGGCCUGGCUCGCUUUGGCCUCUAUGUCAUAUCACUGAAAGGCACAAAACUUAUGGAUGAGACCUUAACAACGAGCAUUGUGCUGUGCAAUAUGCAAUUGGAGGAUACUCGCCCCAGUAAUACCAGUGAAAUUAAAAAAUAUCUCUGUCGCAAAGAUUGGUUCGAUGUUGAGUUGGAGCAACACUUGGGAUCGCCCUCUAGUUUGGCCCAAAAUGAAAAAUCCCAAACAGAUUUACAAUAUAUGUUGGAUGUGACGGCGGUCAUCAAACAAAACGACACAAUGGCCAAAGUUCGCAUUUCCAGUUUCGAUUUGAUACUGUGUGUGGAUUUCUUGCUUAAACUGACGGAGUUUAUUAAGGUGCCCGAGAGUGAGGAUAAAGUAGAGGCUGUCGAGGAGCCAGAGCCUUUGGCGGUGCCAGUAGCUACACAGCAGCAACAAUCGGGGCAAAUACGUUCGGUGGCAAGCGCAGCAGUCGCUGUUCGCCAGAACACCCAAGUUGAGGUUGAGGAGGCGAAAAAUGUGAAUAAAAUGAGUUUGACCUUGAUAAUUGAUGAACCCGAUAUUAUCCUAGUGGAGACAUUGAAUGACAUGAACACCAGUGCCAUUAUCUUUAAUAUGACCACCAAUAUACACUAUCGCGUAGUGGGAAAGACGGAAAAUAUCGAUGGCAAAAUCGAUAACCUCAAGAUGUACAUGUGCUCCUUUGCCCCCGAGAAGCGUCAAACCACUCAGCAUUAUAUUUUGCAUCCUUGCUUCAUUAACCUGCAUAGCUCCACACCGGCCGGGGAAGAGGGCAUGAACAUCAGCCUGAAGGCCAGUGCUUUCUUUAUCAAUAUAAGCCCAGCAGCUUUAGAACUAUUCAACAAGGCUAUGAAAUCCAUAACCUCAAAUGAGGCAGAUGAAAGCAAAAAGUUGGAUGAAAUCAACUACAGUGACAUUUGGUCCCCCAAGAAGUUUAGAGACUCUGAUUUUUGGUUCCUUAAAGCAGAACCGGCUGAAGAUAUAGUCCAUGCCAUGGAUUUACAACUUGUACCGCCAGUGGAGGCCCCUGCUGUCACCACCAAACGGGAAUGCUGCAUCAUUGAGAUUGAGAGCUUUACCAUAAUAUUGGAGUCUGGUACCGGUUGUUUUACCACACCUCUGCUAUCGCUAGACACCUCCUUGGAAGCGGUGGCCAAUAACUGGAGUUCUCAGUUAAGUGCCAGUGGCCGUAUUAGUCUUACCAUGAACUAUUACAACCAAUCGUUGGCCGAUUGGGAACCGGUGAUUGAGAAAAACGAACGCAUUGCCAAAGAUGGAGAGCGCAGCAGCUCACCUUGGGAGCUGAACUUUAAGUUGGACAUUGAGAAAACAGUUUCGCCAAUUGAGGAAAACAAAGAGGAGUCCAAAACCUCCAUUAAAAUACAAUCUGAUGAAAAUUUGGAAAUGACUGUGAGUAAAACAUUUUUGGAUACUGUAACGCUGUUGGGAGAGGCCUUCAGUCAGGCCAUGGAUCCUAGUGGUGUGUCAAAGCCCGAAGUUGAAGCGGGACAUGUGGUGCAUAAUGACACAGGCUUCGAUUUGAAUUUGUCCUUCACCAAGGGAGCCUUCACACUGCAUGAGUGUCACAUGCCCAAUAGUGCAUUUGCCGCCAACAGUACGUUGGUAUUCAAAAGCCAGCAGGGCAGGGAUGUUUCGCCCGACUCCAUACAAUGUUGCACUAUAUCGCCGGGCUGUAAAGUCUAUUUGCAAUCAAAGUCAGUAGCCGACGGUCCCGAUGCCUAUGAGCACAAUAUAUAUGUUACCAUAGGAGACAUAGAUAAACAAUUGGUAUUGCCGAUAUCGAAAUCGGACAAGAGAUAUUUUUCCCUGUGCAGCAGGGAUAAAAACCAACACAAUUGGGGCAUAGUUUCGGAGGUGAAGAGUGAAUUUGGUGUGACUGUUAUCAACAUACACGGUGUUCUAAAUAUCCACAAUCAUUUUACCACUCCCGUAAAGGUCUAUCGCAUGAAGGAUAAAUCCAAGGAAAUGAUAAAAGUUGGCGUUGUGGAGCCCAAUACUACCUAUCAUGUGCCCUUACAUGCCAUUUAUUCUGAAAAUAAAUAUUUGCACUUUGGCGUUGAGGACUAUAAUAUCUCAGUUCAAGGCAUCAAAUGGGAUGAAGCGCAAACAGACAUGAAUUAUAUGCGUCAUUUGCAAUGUGACCCCAUAGAGACCUUUGAGCCUUUCUUCAUCAAUGUAAGCCGUGAGAAGACCGAAAUCUAUAACGAGCAUACCAAUAAAUAUAUGAUCAUGAGUGCUUUCUACACUUUGCACUUGAGACCUCCAGUUUAUCUGCGUAACUCUCUGCCUAUUAAUGUCACCGUCUCAGUGGCAGGAUGUUCAGUGCGUCAACCUUCAGCUGCCGCUGCAGCCCAAACUGAUGAAUCGAUAUCCUCAGGUUCCGAGGCGGACAAAACCAAAUCCCAGUCGCAAGUGGAUACCUAUGUGAAGGAAGACCUAUUGGACUAUGGCGAAAAAGAUAUCGAAGCAGGAAGUGUUUUGCACUUGCCCACUGUUAAAUUGGCAGGACGCGGUAAAGUAGCCAAAAGUUAUUUGGUUGUUAGGAUGAUUCAAUAUUUGGAACGUGAUUGGUCUUGUACCACGGAAAUUUCUGAGAAUGAAAUGGGAGUAUUCAAUUGGCGUUUCAGUUCUUAUGAUUCCGAUGUUAAAAUGAGCAUGGAUUUAUGUGUUAAAUUCGAAGAUCGUAAUAACAGUUUGCUUAUAACCCUAUUCUCACCCUUCUGGCUCAUCAAUAAGACCGGACAAAUGCUUAGCUAUAAAACUGACAAUGAAAAUGUUGAAGUUCUCUACCAUCCACCCGAGUAUUCCGGACCAAUUUUGUUCUCAAUGCGUGACAAGUAUUUGUUCGAUAAGAAAACUUGCACCAUACGUGUUGAUAAUGGAGAAUGGAGUAAUAAGAUUCCUCUCGAUGUGGCUGGAUCUACAGGUUCCAUUGGCUGCAAGACCAAUGAUCAAACUUACCAGAUUGGUGUUCAUAACCACUUGACUCAAAACUCGCUGACCAAACAAAUAACAUUUAUUCCUUUCUAUACCAUCAUGAAUAAAUGCAGUUAUGUUAUUGAAGUUCAGGAAAAUUCUAGACCAGCCGAUCCCUGGAAUAAGCUUGAACCCAACAGUUGCUUCCCCUUGUGGCCCAGAAAUGAUUCCGAUCAUAUGAUGGUGGUUAGGGUUGAUGGCCAGCGUACGGUUCCCUUCAAAUAUUCAGAACCAUCUUGUAAUUUGUUGCAACUUGAUACGCAUAAGCAUGGUGGCAUUAAUGUCGAUGUCCAAACUACUGAGGGUGGUAUUUACAUAAAUUUCACCGAAUACAAUCCUGGCGAUGCUCCUGGUUUGCUGAUCAAUCACACCCGCUAUCCGGUUUAUUACUACGAAAAAGGCGUGGGCAAUAAAAUGGUGUUACAGCCACAACAAAAAAUUCUCUAUACAUGGUGUAAUCCUGCCGGUGAUAAAGUUUUGGUAUGUGGAGAGAAUGAAGUGGAAAACGAUCUGAGACGUGAUGGUUUCGGCAAUAUAACGGUGGAAAAUGGCAUCAAACCUUAUUGGAUAUCUUUCUUGAAUGGCUUGCAACGUGUGCUAUUGUUUACCGAAUAUGAAGAGAUUGCUUCCAAGUCUGAGACCACAAAUGAUUUGCAAAGAAUUACCCAGUCUAUUGAAGUGAAGAUUCAUGGCAUUGGUUUGUCUCUAAUAAACAAUGAAACCAAUAUCGAUAUUCUAUAUUUGGGUAUCACAAGCUCAGGUAUUGUGUGGGAGACACGAAAGCAUGUAAAGAAACGUUUCAAACAAUUCAGUUUACAUGAUACUGAGCAACUGGAGGUCUUGUAUCAGCAGUAUUUGUUAGACAAGGUGGUAUCGCAGCAUACAACAAAAACUUAUAUGUUGGAUGGAAAAUAUCAGAUCGAUUUCGAGAAAAAUGCCAUGCUUAAGAACAGCACUUGGCGUGAGAUCAAACGUUACUUCCAACCCGGCGUAUGGAUUGGCCUUGACACUUCACCCUUCCAGUCACAAAUCCAUGCUAAAAUCAAUCGCAUUCAAUUGGAUAAUCAGCUAACCGAUUGCAUAUUCCCCGUGGUCUUGGCCCCCAUUCCACCGCCCAAGACUUUGGCCAAAUCAAUGCAAUUUAAGCCAUUCGUCGAAGUCAGUAUUGUCGAAAGGGUGGUGCCCCAUUCCACCGUCAAGCAAUAUAAAUAUGCCCGAGUACUUAUGCAAGAGUUCCACUUUAAAGUUGAUUUAGUCUUCCUUAUGGCCAUUGCUGAACUAUUCGCUGCCAGUGUGGAUGAUGAGCGUGAGGCAAAACUUUUCAAGGACGAUGUGGAGUCGAUUGAAAAACCCCUCUCCGAUUUGGUGCAAAUCCAUUCGCAAAUGCAACAAAAGAAUUUCUAUGAUAAUCUACAUUUGGGUCCCAUGAAGGUGCAUGUCAGCUUCUCCAUGGCUGGUGUAGAUACUUCGGCUUUGCCGGGCUUCCUUUCGAAUUUAUUGCAGGGUGUUGGUGUUACCCUUACCGAUGUCAAUGAUGUCGUGAUACGUUUGGCCUUCUUCGAAAGAGAAUACCAAUUCUUUACCCAAGAUCAAUUGAAAUCGGAAAUUGUAUCUCAUUACACGGGUCAGGCUUUGAAACAGAUUUAUGUACUCGUCUUGGGUUUGGAUGUUUUGGGUAAUCCCUAUGGUCUUGUGGUGGGCAUCAAGAAGGGUGUUGAAGAUUUGUUCUAUGAACCAUUCCAGGGAGCUAUUCAAGGACCUGGAGAAUUUGCCGAAGGCUUGGUAUUGGGUGUAAGAUCCUUAUUUGGCCACACUGUGGGAGGUGCUGCUGGAGCUGUGUCCAAAAUUACCGGAGCCAUGGGUAAAGGUUUGGCUGCCCUUACCUUUGACGAUGAAUACCAGAAGAAACGUCGUCAGGCAUUGAAUGCCAAACCUAAGACCUUCCAAGAGGGCAUGGCACGCAGCGGCAAAGGUUUAGUCAUGGGCUUUGUUGAUGGCGUUACUGGCUGUGUUACGAAACCCAUAACCGGAGCCAAGGAAGAAGGCGUCGAAGGCUUCUUCAAGGGUCUGGGUAAAGGAACAAUUGGUUUGGUUACGCGUCCCACAGCUGGUAUUGUCGACUUUGCGCAUGGCACCUUUGAUUCGGUGAAACGAGCCACCGAGGUGCAAGAUGAAACUACAAGACUAAGACCACCACGUCUCUUCCAUGAGGAUAAAAUUUUGCGUUCAUACUGUUUGGAUGAGGCAAAGGGAAAUCAAUUGUUGAGGGAAAUUGAAAAGGGUAAAUAUGCAAGCACCGACAGUUUUGUGCAUUGCGAGGAAAUUGUAACGAAACAAGAAUUUGUGGUGGUCUCCAAUCAUCGCAUUAUCUAUGCCACCCGCAAUGAUAUGUUUGGAACUUGGGGUGUUCAAUGGACUUAUUUGUGGUCUGAAAUCCAAAAUGUCACCGCCACUGAUCGGGGCAUAGAAAUUUUACUUAAGAAAGAGGGCAAGAAGGUCUUGGGUCUCUUCAGUUCCGGCGAACAGCAACAUAAACUAAUUCUAAUGCCUUUACGCAAACGCCGAGAAAAGCUAUUGGAAGCAAUUGAAUCUCAUCGUGUGGUCUCAUAAAUGGCAAUGAGGGACACACACCCCCCAAACAAGGCAAAUGCGCGCGCACAAGCAAACGAACGCUUACAACAAUAAAAUAUUUACCAUUAGACUUGAAGGAUCUUCUUUCACAUUUCACAAACACUAACAUCUUAAGCCCUUACCCAACUCGCUAUUCUUUACACCCUUUUGCCCCUGCCAUGUAGCCUCUAUCUCUUAACCCUGCUGUAUUAAUAUUGUAUUCUUCUACUUUUUAUACACCCACAAAACCAACGAACCCACUUUCUCCUCCUAUCUUUCUCUAUCUCUAUUAUUGUAGUCUACAGAAUUUAAUUUUCUUUUACUUAUUAUACUAAAAAUAUUUUUUAAGAAAAAAAUGAAUGAUAAACCCAAAAAUGAAAAAAAUUCAGGCGUUAUUUUUUUGUAAUAUUUUUUUUUAUAAUAAUUCAUUAAGCUUUUUUAUUUGUUUUUCUUUCAUUGUUAUGUUAGAAUAACACAGGCUUAAAUUCUAUGUAUUACAUAUAAAUACAUACAUACACAUAUAAACUACAACUACAACAUACACUAAACAAUAAUUAAAGUUUUCCUUUGCGAAAAAAGUAAGAAAAACCAAACAAAAACAGAAACUCCAAGCCGACGAAACACUUUAUGCAGCGAACAUAUUUCAAACAAAAAAAUGUUGUUCUUAUUGUUUUAUUUUUUUAUUAUAAAUUAUUAUUGAUGUUGGAAAACAAACCGAAACAAAAAAACAUUUUAUAAACAAUUUUACACAUGAGAUAUUUACUACAAAACGAGAAUCAAAGCAAAUGAAUCAAUAAAUAUGAAUGUUAUGCAUAACAAAAACCUACUUAACACACAAAAACUCAAUACAUUUAAA